CAACCCCAAUUAACAAAUAAUUAUAAAAUAAUUAUUUAACAAGAAGUAAGAUUACUAGAUUCCGAAAGGUAAACACCAUGAAUAAUCCAUCUCAUCGACAAUCAUGUAUUUUUGAAAUGAAAACAGGAGAUUCCAAUUAACUUGUCGUCCUACUUCAUAAUAUUGUUUUCUGAUACCAUAUUUUGAUUGAUCGGUCGUUUAUUCGUCAACACGUGGCGUUGUAUGUGCUUCUGGAAUCACGGUUCAAGAGUCGCGGCUGGAAAUUAGACGGAACUAAUCGAGUAAUUGGAACCGGAGGUUAGAGGGUUACGUCAAACUUAUCUUCCAUCGUCCCGUCAAAAAGAAAAAAGAAAAAAAGAGGCCUUUCGUAAGCAAUGACGAAGGAGCCACUGCAAGUCAGCAUUUGCAGGUCAUAAUGAACUCCAGAGCCGAAGACCUCUUCCAUCGAUUCUACUGGAUAUUAGAAACCUCUCCCCAUUUUACCUGAUCUCUGGAACAGGGCAAAAAAAAUUUCCCCUUCCUCGAUAGUGUUUGCCAUCUCCCGGAGCUUCACCAUGGGCUCAGCCACUCGAGACCUCCACAUCCUUUUCUUCCCCUUCUCGGCCCCAGGCCACAUUAUCCCCAUCGUCGACUUGGCCAAGCUCUUCGCCUCCCGCGGCGUCAAAACCAGCAUCCUCACCACCCCGGGCAACGCCCCCUCCAUCCAACUCUCCAUCGACCAAGCCAAUGACUCCUCCACCCUCCGCCACCCCAUCGCCCUCUACCUCCUCCCCUUCCCCUCCGCCGAGGCCGGCCUCCCCACUGGUUGCGAGAACGCGAGCUCCCUCACCUUCGCCAAUCUCGACAUGCGGGCCAAAUUCGUCGGGGCAUUCGAGCUCCUCCGUCAGCCUUUCGCCCGAGUCCUUAGAGAGUUACUCCCCAACGCCGUCGUAACCGACUCCUUCCUUCCCUGGACCCAAGACGUCGCCGCAGAGCUUGACGUGCCGCGCCUCGUGUUCCACGGCACCAGCCUCUUCUCCCUCUGCGCCUCCCACAGCAUAGACCGCUUCAAAGUCCUCGAGUCCGUCCCGCCGGGCAGCGCCCAGUCCUUAGUCCUUCCCGGCCUCCCCCACCGGAUCGAGAUGCAGAGAUCCCAAUUCCGGGACUCAAGCAAGAUGCCCGGAUUUACGGUGUUUUUCGACCGGAUCAGGAUUUCCGAGGAGCGGAGCUAUGGCGUCGUGGCCAAUAGCUACUACGAGCUAGAGCCGGAUUACGCCGAACAUUAUAGAAAGGUGGUAGGUAGAAGGGUGUGGAACGUCGGCCCGGUGUCACUCUGCAACAGAAAUGAGAUCGAGAAGUCUCGGAGGGGAGAUGAGACUUCCAUCGGUUGCAGCCAGUGUUUGAGCUGGUUGAACACCAAGAAGCCGGGCUCGGUGGUCUACAUUUGUUUUGGGAGCAUGUACAAAUUACCCAUAGCUCAAAUCAGAGAGAUUGCUUUGGGUCUCGAGGCCUCGGACGCACCGUUUAUUUUGGUGGUGAGAGAUGUCCGCGGAAAUGACUCGGACUGGCUGCCAGAAGGGUUCGAGGAGGAAGUGGUGGGAAGGGGGAAGGGACUGAUAAUAAGAGGAUGGGCGCCGCAGCUACUUAUAUUGAAUCAUGAGGCUGUGGGGGGAUUUGUGACGCACUGCGGCUGGAAUUCUUGCUUGGAGGGUGUGAGCGCCGGGGUGCCGAUGAUCACUUGGCCGAUGUUCGCCGAGCAGUUUCUUAACGAGAGGUUGAUAGUGGAUGUGUUGAAGGUUGGGGUUGGGGUCGGGGUGAAGGAGUACGUAGAUAUUGGUGCGGAAAGGAGGGUGGUGGCGGGGGAGGAGAUAAGGAGGGCGGUGGGGAGGGUUAUGGACGGGGGAGAAGAGGCGGAGGAGAUGAGGAGGAGAGCGAGGGAGCUCGCGGAGAUGGGAAGGAGGGCAGUGGAGGAGGGUGGAUCAUCUUAUGCCGACGCUGGGGAGCUUAUCCAGGAGUUGAUUGGGAGGAGGAAGACAACUGGGACAGAAUAAAUGCGUCGAGUUCUGAGGAGCGAGUCUUGUUUUGUUUGCCACCUUCUCAAAUUGUGCAAACUACAUUCAUCAGUCGGUUUGUAAUGGCAACGGUACUCAGUGUGGCAUUUUAGCUAGAAAAUAAUUUGUGUUCCAAAGAAAAUAGUUCUAUAUUCCGUAA